CACCAUCUCCCUCUCUCUUCAUCGGUAUAUCUCGCAAAGAUGCCGAAGAAGCACGAGAAAAAGACCGCUAAAGGUCGUUUGGAUAAGUUCUACCACUUGGCCAAACAACAAGGUUUCCGUUCUCGUGCCGCAUUCAAAUUGGUACAAUUGAACAAAAAGUUUGGAUUUUUGGAAUCAGCAAGAUGUGUGAUCGAUUUGUGUGCCGCUCCUGGUGGUUGGCUGCAAGUUGCAAGCAAACAGAUGCCCCCGAAUAGUUUGAUCGUUGGUGUGGAUUUGGUUCCUAUCAAACCUAUCCCUCGCUGUAUCACUUUCGCAGAGGACAUUAACAGUUACAAAUGUCGUGAUCAACUUCGAGCAGAGCUGAAGGAUUGGAAAGCAGAUGCUGUCUUGCACGAUGGUGCACCCAAUGUUGGUACUGCAUGGGUGCAAGAUGCAUAUGCACAAUCCGAAUUGGUAUUGCAAUCUCUCAAAUUGGCUGUAGAAUUCUUGGCUCCCGGAGGUACAUUUGUCACCAAAGUUUUCAGAUCAAAAGAUUACAACAAUCUCUUGUGGGUCUUCAAUCAGCUUUUCAAAAAGGUUGAAGCUACCAAGCCACCAUCAUCACGUAAUGUGUCUGCCGAAAUCUUCGUCGUUUGUCAAGAAUUCAAAGCACCGAAACGUAUCGAUCCAAAGUUCUUGGAUCCAAGACACGUUUUCAAAGAUCUCGAUCCAGUGGCUGACACUGCACUGAUCCAAUCCACAGUAGAUGGCAAAAACUCAGCUCAGUCUAUCAAAAUCGCUAGUAAUGCAGUGGCCAAUGUGUUUGAGCCCGAAAAGAAAAGAAGAAAGCGUGAAGGUUACGAUGAAGGAGAAACAAUCUUAUUCAAAGCGAUAGGCGCAAAAGACUUUAUCGAAUCACAAGACCCUAUAUCAUUGCUUGGUACAUUCAACGAGAUCCAGUUCAAGAGAGAUGAAGACAAGCCAUUUGCUGAUCCCACAAAAACGGAUGACAACAUCAAAGCAUGCUGUUCCGAUUUGAAGGUAUUGGGAAAGAAAGAUUUCCGUAAUCUGCUAAAGUGGCGUAAGAUAUGGCGGGAGGAUAUGGGAAUAGAGGUUCCCGCCAAUCAUCCCUCGAAAGAAGAAGAGGAGGGUAAAGAAAAGGUCGAAGUCACUGAAAUGGACGAAGACGAAGCCAUCGAUCAGGAACUCGAACGUCUACAAUCCGAAAAAGACAAAAGGAGUCGCAAAGAGCGUAGAAGGCGAAAUGAAGCCAGACAAAAGAAAGUUCUCAAGAUGCAAUUGUCAAUGACUACACCUAUGGACAUUGGUAUGGACGUGCAAGAUGAAGCUCUGCAUGGAGGCGAAGAGUUCUUUGAUUUGGUCAAUGGUGGUGCACAUAAACGUGUCGCAGCAGGAGAGGAGGCUGGUUCGAGUGAAAGCGAGCAAAGUGAAGGAGAAGAGUCAGAGGAGGACGACUUGGAAGCUGAAGAAAGAAGGAAGCGCCAACUAGAAGCUGAAAUGGACGGCAUGUACGAAGAGUACCAACACAAGGUUUCUGAGCGUGACGCCAAACACAGAGCGCGAGAAGCAAGAAAGAAGAAUGAGCACAAUGAUGAAUGGUACGGAUUUACAAAAGACAAAGACGAAGAGGAUGAAGGAGAAGAGAGUGAAGAAGGUGGAUAUGAACUGUUCAACAAACGCAAAGAGGUUGAAGAGACAUAUGACACUGAUGACGAAGAAGACGAUGCAGAGGAACGUGAAGAAGAGGAGGAAAGAGAAGAGGCAAGACGUGCUGCUAGAGAAGCAGCUUUAGAUCGCGGUCAAGGUCCAAACUUCGAAGAUCAUGAUGUGCAAAUGGAGGAUGAUGAAGGAGAUGUUGAGAAUUUGGUGCAGAGUCUUGAAAGCGGAAAAGACAAAGAUGCCAGACAGAGCCGAGAAGCAGCAAUCUGGUUUGACAAUCCUCUCUUCAAGGGCAUGCAAGGGCUUGAUGCAGAUGAUGAAGAUGAUGACGAGGAAGAGGAAGACGAAGAGGACGAUGAGGAAGAGGAAGAAGAAUCUGAUGUUAGCGAAGAAGGUGAAGAUGUUGAAAUGUCAGAAGACGAAGCAAGUGGCACAGACAGCCCACCAACAGAUGCUGAAAAUGAGGAUCAAUGGCGCUUCGAGGACGAAGAUCAAGAUGUGAUUAAGCAAAAGAAGAUUCAAGAGAAAGGUUUGACUACUGCCGAAGCAAUCUCUCUUGCAUCUCAGUUGGUCAAUCGAGAAAAGAGCAAGUCUGAUUUGAUCGACGACGGUUUCACAAAACAAAACUUCGUUGACAAGAGCGAUCUCCCUCAAUGGUUCUUGGACGAUGAACAACACCACUACAAACCAAACAUUCCCGUCACAAAAGAAGCUGUUCAAGCUUUGGCUGCUCGUCAACGUGCAUUAGAUGCUCGACCAAUCAAAAAGGUGGCCGAAGCAAAAGCACGCAAAAAGAUGCGUGCUAUGAAACAAUUGGAAAGUGCACGUAAGAAAGCUGAAGGAAUUUCAGACAAUGUUGAUAUUUCUGAACGUGAAAAAGCUGCCAAUAUCGACAAAGUCUUACGUAAAGCUGGUGCCAAACAAAAAGAACGCAAGAUUCAAGUCGUUGUUGCAGGAGGCUCGAACAAAGGUAAAGGUAGACCAAAGGGUGUCAAAGGUCGUUACCGCAUGGUCGACUCUCGCGGAAAGAAGGAACUCCGUGCACAAAAGCGACGUGACAAGGCAGCUGGCAAAAAGACUACCAGCAGUACUUCCCGCAAGCCACGUAUUCCCAACGGUUAUGGUGGACGCAAUUAGGUUUCUCACUACGAUCACAUGUAGAUAUCUUCAUUUGUACAAUAUUAUUCAUGCAUGCUAUAAUACAAGGUAUG